CUCAGAGAUGAGUGAACACACCUAAACGGAACGACUUGUAAAAGGAAUCAAUGGAGGAUAAAAGUACAGGAGCAUCGUCAUCUAACCUCCACCUAGUUACACAUCCACGAGCCAAAAGUAAAGUCUGGAAGUAUUUUGGCUUUGACACUGAUUCAGAUGGAUGUAUACUACACUGGAAAAGGAUAUACUGCCGCAUUUGUAUGACUCAAAUUGCCUACUCUGGCAACACUUCCAAUCUAUCAUACCAUCUAGAGAAGAACCACCCGGAUGAAUUCUGUGAGUUUGUGAAAAGUAACACAGAUCAAAUGCGAGGCUUUGCCACAGCCUACUCCAAGAGAAAACCUGAGGGGCCUUUUCAUCAGCAGCAUCCCCAGGAGCCCCCGAAGCCGAACCUCGGAUAUGAGAACAGACGACACAGUGACUUGACCUCUGCUGUCCUCAGCUUUAUCUGUGAAGGCAUGUACCCCGUGUCUGUUGUCGAAGAGCCCACUUUUCAGGCCCUUUUGAAAACCACAGAUCCCCGAUACUCGCCACCCACUAAAAGCGACAUUGCAAAGAAAUUCCUCCCGCACGUGUACCAACGGAGCCGCGAGGCCGUGCUGAGCGUGCUCGCCGGGGUGGCUAACUGCGGCGUCUCCACUGACCUUUGGCAGAGCCAAACCCAGAAUAGGACCUACAUCUCCCUAUCGAUGCACUGCCUGAACCAAAACUGCUCGACGUCGGUCUUCACGACGAGCAGCAAGUGCCUUAAAACAUUUGAGGUUCAGGAGGACAACAGAUCUGAAAAUAUAACCAGGGCGUUGUACGACGCCUUUGUUGAAUGGGGGAUAACCCACAAAGUCAGCGGCGUUACUACUAACGGCUCGUUAGAUAUAGUGAAGGCCUGCUCCCUCCUGGACUUGUCAGUGCAAAUGCCCUGCUUUGGUCAUACAGUUAAUCGAGGAAUGGCUGAAGCGUUUCAGCUUCCCCAUGUGGAUGGCUUUUUAGGGAAAUGCAGAAAACUCGUGGAUUAUUUCCAUCAGUCUUUAACGGCGAUCUGUCUCCUUCAAGAGAAGCAAAGGCUGCACGGACUGUCCAAGUGUCAACUGGUCAACGACAGGAUUCGAUCUUGGAUGUCUACCCUGCAUAUGCUGCUGCGCCUCCGAGAACAACAGCCCGCUGUCACCUCGGCCCUUGUGGAGGACAGUGAUAACCAUCACCUGAGUUUCGAGGGCACUGAAUGGAGCAUGGUCGAGGGUAUGAUCGAAAUGCUGCAGCCGUUCAAAGUUGUGGCUGAUAUGAUGACCUCGUGUAGAUAUCCGUCCAUCAGUAUGGUGCGACCUGUCCUCCACAUGCUUCUUAACACCGCCCUGAAGUUGAACGAUCGGGAUCUGAAAGAGAUCGGAAUGGCUAAAGAGGUCGUCUCCCGAGUGUUGUCCAGCACCUAUUCACAGACGGCUGAGACGGCCACGUUUCUGAAUGUGGCUGCUUUCCUGGAUCCCCGUUACAAGAGGCUGCCCUUCCUCACCUUACAGGAACGCUCCCAGGUGGACACCAAGGUCAUCGAGGAGGCCAAGGCCGUGCUGGAGAAACAGAGGGCCGAGCAGCCUAGCUCUGUGGAGCGCCCACAGUCGUCCGAUGAACCACCGGACAAAAAGCAGGCUCUUGCAUCUGCGAGUCCAUGUAUGAUGGCGGACAGUAACCCGCUAGCUGUGAUAUUCUACCAGUCAGGCACCGAUGAGAACCAGGAGGAGCUGCAUGCUCAGGUUGUGGAGGAACUGAGCAAUUUUAAAUCUCAGAGGGUUCUAGGCCUCAAUGAGGACCCUCUACGCUGGUGGUCCAACCAUGUGGCCUUGUUCCCCACCCUGCCCAAGGUGCUCCAAAAGUACUGGUCUGUUCCUGCCACCAGUGUCCCAUGUCACAGACUGUUCAGCUCCUCUGGGACAAUUCUGUGCGGCAAGAGGAAUCGCCUCGCCCCGGCCUUCGUAGAUCAACAGGUGUUUCUGUAUGAGAACUCCAGGAGCUACUAUGAGGCGGAGCCUCGUGAGGAUGAUCAGGAAGGGUGGAGCUUCAGACUAGAACAGGAACCAAUUGCAUGAGCUCAGUGUUUGUAUGAGACAUUAAACUAUGCAAAUUCUUAUUUUUUUAUAAUGUGAUUCUGCAUGCCAGUUGAUAGAACACAAACAAGCAAUUAUGGAACGUACUUAUGAUCGAGCAAAGUGUUUAUAAUUUAGAGCAAAAAGUACAAUAAAAGUUCUGGCUGCUGUUCUUUUAUUACGUUCUGGAUAUUCACUUAGUCUAACUACUGUUUCAAUCCUGAUGUGCUUAGGCUUUUUUGGGCUCAGAUAAACACUGCGAAAUCGAUAAUAUUAUCGAUUUGGCCAGAUGCCAAAAGCUUGUGUGCCAUGUGAAGUGAUACAGUAGAGCCAUACUAUUGAAUUGAAUAUUCUAAUAAAUACCUUAAAAAUAUAUAUACUAUGUCAUUUGACUACUUGUUGGUUGGUGUGACAUUCACAGUGUUAGAAUUUAUAUUGACGCUUGGCUGUAUUUAAUGUAAUCUGCAUCCUGCACAAUCAGCCACGGUCAAGCAGGAUGUCUGCUCUAAUUUCCAUCAGUCUGGCUGUUCUGGUCGUACAAGGUCAUCUUAUCUUAUAGGCAGGAUCUGUUGUUGAGCAUCAAGAUAGACUCUUUGCAUGGACAAUGGUUUGUCCCUCCCAGCAUAUUCAGGAACUCUAGGUCAAUAAGGACGCAUUGACCUGUGACUCAAUGCAAACAUGCAAUCUACUCUGCAUAAAUCCUCCGAUAAAGAGUUUUGUAAACGAGUAAAUCAACGACAAUUAAAGUUUGACAGAAUGUUUAGGCCAGGCAUGCAUAACGUUCAGUUAUUGAAAUGCAUUCAUGUUUUCAUAGAUUUUGACUAGAAUAAGCAUAGACCAAAGGAUUCUUGUCGUCAUUGUGUUGCAACGCAAUAUGUGGACCAUAUCCUUUUCUCCC